GGUAUUUCCUCAUUCUUUGAAGAGAAGCUGCUCUUUGUUUAAUGGAAUCCAUUGCUUGAGAACAUAUCUGUGCCUCUCAGACGGAUACUGGGUAAAAGAAAGAUAAAAACUUGAAGCCAGUUAAAAAUUAACUUUGAUGUGAAGACGUGAAGCAUCAGUAACCAUUUUAUUCCUGUACAUCAAGUAUUGAUCUACCAUGUGCACUGGAAAGUGUUCAAAGUGCAUUGGGGUCAUGCUGUUCCCCCUGGCUAUCUGUGCUAUCAUCUCCAACCUUCUCCUAUACUUCCCCAAUGGACAAGUUCUAGAGAGUAACGAGAUAACCGAUUUGGUCUGGUUUUUCCAUGGCAUUCUUGGAGCUGGGAUCUUGGUUAUUUUGCCCGCGUUCAUGAUGCUGGGGGCAGCUGGAGGAUGUUGUGCUAACAGAUGUGGGAUGCUGCUCUCUGUGUUUCUGGCUGUAUUGGGUGUUGCUGGAGGGGCCUACUGUGUGACUAUCUCCUCCAUGGGAUUGAUUGAUGGGCCUCUCUGUGACACUGGUGAUGGAGAAUAUAUUUACCCUUUCAGGAACAACACACUCAAAUACAACUAUUUGUUUAAUCAGACAACAUGGAGCAUUUGCAAAAAACCUGAAAACAUUGUCAUUUGGAAUAUUGUCUUAUUUUCUCUUCUGCUGGGGAUCGGUACAGUUGAAGCUGUCCUUUGUCUUAUUCAAGUCAUCAAUGGAUUUAUUGGGUUCAUUUGUGGCACAUGCAUGAAGAGAAGAAAGAUAGAUAUUGCUGGAAUGUGAAAGACCCGCAAAGAAUGCCAGUGACAAGCACCUGAUCUGCAGGGAAAGUUAUUUGGGUAAAUGUGAUAUCUUUUAUUAAACCAACAGAAAUAGUUGCAAAAAUUGUUCUUUACAAGCUUUUGGGCACAAGCACCCUUCACAAACAAAACCCCCGAAACAAGGAAGAUAUUGAAUUUUGCUGUUUGAUCUGCAGGGAUUCAUGUAAAAUCAGGACAGUGUGUCAUACUGUAUAUGGGGGGAGGGACCCAGAACCGUCAGGAGUUUCAGAAACGCAAGCACUUUGUAUAAAGAGAUCAGGAUGGGAGGGGCUGGAUUUUCUAGAUCUUUGAGAUUACAAAUUAUCUGUUGUCUUCUCUGAAUGCUCAUCCUCAGUUUUUGGUACCAGCAAUAUGAUAUAAUGUCUUUUCAGGAGGGCCUGGAGUACAUACUAAAAGACAAACCGUUUUUGACUGCAGGGCUUUAGGGUACCUGAGAAAUUAGGCCUUUGUUUCUUAUGUUCCACUUCAGCGGUACCUCACAGUCAGCAGCUGAAGUAGCAGUGUCACCAAGUGCCACAGCACUUGUCUACGUGGAACCUGCUUGGACCAACUUUACCAUUUAUUUCUUUUCUUCCUGCCCUAGUUCUCACUCAUCUUACCUUUACUACUGGGCAUGCUCUUAUCUUCUAUCCUCUGCACUGUCUGGCUGCUUUUCUGCUGACUCCUCUGUUCCUUGUCCAGGGCCUGCUGAUUCUACUCUUCUCUGCCACUACCCUGCUGCUCUGCCUUCCACUUGUUCCACCUUCUAGUUUCACUUCCUCCGUUACCUCACAUUACUACUACUCUUUCUCAACUAUCCAAGAUCCUACUACUGUCAUUAACACCAAUCUUCUGGCUAUCCCAUACCAGCCUUCCAACUGGUGCUAUAUAUAUACUCCACCCUCCCUAGGAAACCAGCAAUUACCCUAUCCUGUGUGCAUCUACCUGGGCAAUUAGGGCAGAGCAAUAAACUCUGGCACUUAUUGUCCCAGAAUUUAUUGCUCCUGGGUGCACUGUUUGAAUGUGCACCCAAGACUGUAGUACAUUGAGCUGCGUUGGAGCAGCCCCAGCUGUUACGGGACCACGGGGGUCACCUGCCAGCCCAGGGCUGCUCCAACCUGGUUCAAUGUGCUGCGGAGGGGCUGGCUGGGGCAGGAGUGUACUCUAGUGUGGGGCUAGGUGGCAGGCAGCCCUUACACUGAAACCUUGUGCCGUAGUUAGUCCCUCCAGCAUCUACAUGUGCACUGCUGCAGAGUAUAAAAAUCUGCUGUGGAGUUUAUUAGUUUACUCCAGCCUAAUAGCCCUGCAUGCAUAGACACAAGACAUUUACUGCAAACCUAAUCUACUCCACAGUAAACAUCUUGUGUAGAUGCACCCCCUGUAAGGUCACGCUGGGCACAUCAACAUGAGAUGUUUACUGCGCAGUUGCCUAAUUAACACGUCAGAGUCUACACAUAUGGCCCUGUUAGGGCACAGAAAACUAAUAAACUCUGCAGCAGGGUAUUUACAAGUAGUACUUUAGUCCGGAGUCCUUUCAUGCACAGCAGCGCACAUGUAGCUGCUGACCAGCUGGCUGGGGCACAAGGGUGCUUCAGUGCUGGGACUAUCUAUAUUAGAAUCUAAUCUUGGAAAGUUAUAACUA